UGUUUCCGUGUACCAGGAUCUGUCACAACGAAAUUCCACUGCAGGGUUUGUGCCCCGAGCGUGCAUGUAGGAUGCCGUGCGUGACUGUCACAGGCUCACAGCAGCAGUGAGCCCUGCCAGCGAUCCGUCUGUGUAUAUAUUGGAGGACCAGAGGCUGCACCAUUGUUACUUGUUACGCCAACCUCAGACACACUGACUAGAUCAUGCCCUCUGCGGCGGCGAACAUGGCGGAGAUCAGGGCACUGGCAUGCGUCGCGGUGGCGCUGUCGUCGCUGAUCCACGCCGUGACGGCCGCCGAUUACGUCGUCGGCAACCCGGGCGGCGGGUGGGACGGGAGGACCGACUACAAGUCCUGGGCUGAAGCCCAAACGUUCGCCCCAGGAGACACCCUGACCUUCAAUUACAGCUCGUACCACAACGUCCUCGAGGUGACCAAGGACGCCUUCGAGGCGUGCACGACGGCCAACCCGAUCUCCUUCGACAACAGCGGGAGCACCACCGUGGUGCUCACCAUGCCGGGCACGCGCUACUUCAUCUGCGGCGCGCCGGGGCACUGCCUGGGCGGCAUGAAGAUGGAGGUGAAGAUCGCCGACCGCCCCGCGCCCGCCACGCCCAGCUCGCCGCCACCGCUGCCACCACCACCACCUUCAGUGGCGCGCGACGCGACGAGGCAGCCUGCACCGGCGCCCACGCCGUGGGCUCCAGCGCCGGCGCCCGCGGAUGCGCCGCCGAGGCACGCGGGGCACAAGAAGCAACACAGGAAGAAGAGGGCGUACUGCGCGCCCGGAACCCUGGUUGCGCCGGCGCGGCCCCCCACGGUGCAGGCCGUGGAAUCCCUUUUCCCGUUCGCGGAGGUUGCGCCGAUGUCCUCUUCGACCCCGCCACCGCCGGCGGCGACGUCGUCGGGCGGGCCUGGCUCGCCGCGAGCAGCGUGGGGGCGCAAGGCCGCCGCGGCGCUGGCAGCUUUUGGCGGGUUCGUGCUCCUAGCCCUGUGAGGAAUGAACGAACCGGAGAGGCCUUCGAUGUACGAGGUCGUCGCGUCACGUGCACGUUUCAUUUGCUUAGUUUGGGCGUGCUGUUGUUAUUACUAGAUUGUGAUGACGCGUGAUAUGCGUGGAGAGUUUGGAAUAGGUGUAUCUUUGGUGUGUUGGUUCUAAAGUCUUUUGUUGCAUGAGAUUCCAUACG